GUUUUUUUUUCCCUUUAUUUUAUUAUUUCUUUGCUUCUAUUGACGUGCAGACAGAGGGCAGCAGCAGAGUUCAUCUCAUCCUGCGUGGAUCACACAGGACGAGCAUCCUCCUCCUCCUCCUCUUCCUCCUCCUCCUCCUCCUCCUCAUCCACAGUCCUCCCUCACAAGGACAGCAUCUCCUGGAGGAGCGCGGCAGGAAACCUGACAACCUUUUCCUACAACAUUAACAUCAUUGAUAUUAACAAUUAAAACCACAGAAUCCGACCAGAAGCAGCGAGAUGUUGGCCUGCACGGAGCUGAUCACCAUGUGUCUCCAGUCCUCCAAACACGAACACUGGAGGAAGCAGCAAGAGCUGGACCACAACCAGAACCAAGGCAUCGCUCUAAUCCAGGAUAUUUUCCGCCGGGCAGACAAAAAUGAYGAUGGGAAGCUGUCCAUGGAGGAAUUCCAGUCCCACUUCACUGAUGGUGUCCUCACUGAUGAGCAGAUGCAGGAGCUCUAUUACUCCAUUGACCGGCAGCAGACAGACAACCUGGACAUAAACGAGCUCUCGGAGUAUUUCACUCCACAUCUGGGAGAGUAUGUUAAUGUUCUGUCUGCACUGGAAAAGCUGAAUGUGUCCAUUUUAAAGGCCAUGGAUAAAACCAAGGAGGAGUAUCAGGGUUCGUCAGUCCUGGGUCAGUUUGUGACACGGUUCCUGCUGAGGGAAACCUCCACCCAGCUUCAGUCUCUCCAGUCCUCUCUAGAUUGUGCCAUGGAGGCGGUUCAUGACCACGGCAGCACAGGGARGAGGGUUCUGAAGACGCCAGAGGACCUGCCGAUCCAGAGAGCGACCAAGAGGCCCAGCAGACGCAUCCAGAAGAACAUGUGUCUCUCCCCCACAGACCCCUACUCCGGCAUGCUCACUACAGGGGUCAGCGUGGAGCCGGACAAUCACUGGGGCUCCCAGAUCAACCAGCUGGAGCAGCUUGUAGACAAAAUGGAGUGUGAGAGUCCACAUCUUGAACCUCUUAAAGAAGACACGCUGGCAGGAACAUAUAAAUCGAACAUCCUUCUGGUUCAGAGGCAAAUGUCUGUGAAGGAGCGCGAUGUGGAGCAGUUUCAUCAAGCUUUCAAAAUCUACACCGAUGCCACUGCCAGCCAGCUGAACAACCUUCAUGUCUCGGUCCAGAACCUGCCAGACAGAUCAUGCUUCAUCAUGUACGAGUUUUGGCAGGACCGUCUCUCCUGGAUGAGCUAUCUGCAGUCGUCCGUCAGCAAGACUUUCCAGCGCUGCAUUAGUGACUCGCUGGAGGAACCAGAAAUCGUUUCCACAAUGCUUCUCCCAGCUUCUUGGUGGAUCAUGAACAACAACUGAUGGAGAGAAACAUCUGCAUUAAAACACACUGAAAGCAGAAGAAGAAGCUAAUAUAACUUUUUUCCUGACUUGAAAUCAAUCUCUUUUUUUUUCUUGUGGCAUGACUGGGAUUGUUUUAGCACAGUUUUACUUCAUAAAGAAGUGUCUGUUAAAAUUUGUCCGUGUUAGCAUUGAAUCAAAGAAGAACCAUAAAUUAACUGUGCUGUCCUUUUCCAAUWAUCGACACUUUUUAUGCUUCUCGCUUAAUGAAAGCACAAACAUUUCUUAGUGCUAGUGUGUUUCUCAAAGCUUUAGGCCCAUCCACAUGGGAACAAUUUUUGUUUAUGUAAUAWUUUUUUUUUAUUGUUUCAGCCUUGCAUCCAUGUGAAAUGGCGUUUUAGGAGCCCCUAAUGGUAUUUUUCUAGACUAGGUUUCAAUGUGGAAAAGGAUUUUGGGUGCUGAAAGUACAGCAGUGUGAUAAGAACUAGAAUUAACAUGAUGCAACAGCUGGAAAAAGAAUGUGUAUUUUAAUUUAUAGUUAAAGUAGAAAUWGCACUUUGUAGUUUUUGCUCUUGUAUUUGCCACCCUCAUUUUUUCCCUUGUGUUAACGGUUCAAACCACAGACUGUACAGUAAAAUACAUGGAGUCUAUGGUUUCAUUGUGCAUGCUCCAUGCCUUGUUUCCUGUUUCUGAUGCUUUUUUUUUUUUGGUUGCAUUGCAGUGCCACAUACAGGCCUAGCAUAGGUACUACAGCAUCAUGAAUAGUUUUCUAAGUAUUCGGGUGGAAUGACGUGUUAUUUAUGAGAGUAUUGUUAGAAAACAAGAACAAAGAUUGUUUUGAAGGAAAAAUUAUAUAUAGUUUCUGUGUGGACAAAGCCUAAUUCUGAAAGUAGAUGCAUUGAUAGCAAUAUCACAAUAACUGAAACAGAAAUAAAAUCUCAUCUGUACAUUCUUUUUAGCAGAGAUGAAAACAGAAACUGUGCUUGGGUGGAAGUUUCCUUAUGUUUCUCCUGUGCUGAUGUGAUCUGUCGCUCCUUAAAAUUGUGAAAUAGUCGUCAAAUAGAACAAUAUCCUAUCUAAUAAUUCUUAUUUAUUUAUUUGAUUUUAUUUUUUUGGCAAAGAGUGUGUUUGAAUGGGAUGAUGCUUGAUGUAAACUUAGCACAAAAAGAAAGAAAAUCUGAUAGAUUAUUUCUUUGUUGUAACAAAG